AGCAGGGUACGCUCCCGGGAAACCGUUGUGCUCCGUCAGGCACGGUUGUCCUCACGGAAUGGUGAGGGGAGAAGGGGACACCCGCCUAGCCAGCCUGGUUACCCCCCUUUCUUGGCGUCUCUCCUGUUGGCUCGCUGGUUGGGGACGGCAGGGUCCGAGAGGAGGCUCUGUCCUCGCUGCACAGCGCCAGACCCGGGAUAAGGACCGACACUCCCGUCCCUCUCAAGGCAGAGUCCGAUGGCUGCGGCGGCGCUGCGGGACCCACCUCAGGGUGGUGUGACCUUUCCAGAUGUUGCUGUGUGCUUCUCCCAGAGGGAAUGGAGGCUCCUUGAUGAGACUCAGAGAUGCCUGUAUCUGGAUGUGAUGCUGGAGAACUACACACUUAUAUCCUCACUGGGUUGCUGCUGUGGAGCAGAAGGUGAGGAGACACCCUGUGAAAAAACUGUUCCUGUAGGAGUCUCAUGGACUGGAUCUCCCACAGCAGCUCCAUUUUCUCAGAAGACCCAUCCCUGUGAGAAGUGUAGUACAGUCUUGAGAUAUGUUUUCCAGUUGGUGGAGCAGCAGGAAACACAAUACAGCCAAAAACUGUUGAGGUGUGGGGCGUGUGCAAAAAAAUUUUAUAUGCCUUUGAGAAGCUGUGUACAUGAGGCUUUAUCUUUUAAGAGCCCCAGAUUCCAUGUGUCAGGGAAGCCUCUUACUUCUGGGAAAAUCCUGGCCAGCAUGGGACAUCUGCAGGCCACUUAUACUGUCGAGAAGCUGAAUACAGCCACCCAGUGCAGAUCACCUUCACCAAGUAGAAGUCAUUAUACCUCAGGAGAUUGUGAGAAAGCCUUCAGCCCUGAACACACACUUGUUCAGGACUGGCAUGUCUACACUGAAAGACCAUGUUUUGUGUGCAGGGAAUGCGGGAAAACAUUCAGGUACAAAUCAACAUUUAUUAUGCACCAGAGAGUUCAUCCUGGGGAAGGUCUUCAUUUGUUAAUCAAAAGUGGCACAUCUUUUAGGCAAAACUCAACUGUCAGUCAGCAUCAAAAAAUUUAUACUCGUUCAGGAUUGGAGAAGUGCAGCAAAUGUUGGAAAUCCUUAAGCCACAAAUCAGUCCUCGUUUCUCCCCAGAGAUUGGACAAUGGAGAGAACAGUUCUGUGUGCAGUGAGUGUGCAGAGUCUUUUUACCACAGCUCUAUGUUCAUUGGAUAUAAGAGAGUAUUUCCUGGAGAACGUCCUUAUAAGUGUAGUGACUGUGUGAAAUCUUUUACAUGUAGAUCUGCCCUCAUUUAUCAUCAGAGAUCUCACACAGGAGAAAGGCCUUAUCAGUGCAGUGAAUGUGGGAAAUCCUUUACCACUAACUGCAUCCUCCGAUCUCAUCAGAGAUCUCACACUGGAGAAAAGCCUUAUAAGUGCUAUGAAUGUGAGAAAUCUUUUACCUCUGCCAACGCUCUCCAAUAUCAUCAGAGAUCUCACACUGGGGAAAGGCCUUAUAAGUGCAGUGAAUGUGGGAAAUCUUUUACCUCUUCUAGUGUUCUACAAUAUCAUCAGAGAUCUCACACUGGAGAAAGGCCUUAUAAAUGCAGUGAAUGUGGGAAAUCUUUCAUCUCCACUAGCACUCUCCAAUAUCAUCAGAGAUCUCACACUGGAGAAAGGCCUUAUAAAUGCAGUGAAUGUGGGAAAUCUUUCAUCUCCACUAGCACUCUCCAAUAUCAUCAGAGAUCUCACACUGGAGAAAGGCCUUAUAAAUGCAGUGAAUGUGGGAAAUGCUUCACCUCUAACGUCAACCUCCGUAAUCAUCAGAGAUCUCACACAGGAGAAAAGCCUUAUAAAUGCUAUGAAUGUGGGAAAUGUUUUACCUCUACCAACGCUUUGCAAUAUCAUUGGAGAUCUCACACAGGAGAAAAGCCUUAUAAAUGCUAUGAAUGUGGGAAAUCUUUUACUUCUACCAGCGCUCUCCAAUAUCAUCAGAGAUCUCACACUGGAGAAAGGCCUUACAAAUGCAGUGAAUGUGGGAAAUCUUUUAUGUCUAGAUCCUCAUUCAUUUGUCAUAAUAGAUCUCACACAGGAGAAAGACCUUAUGAGUGCAGUGAAUGUGAGAAAUCUUUUACCUCUAGGCCUUCACUCAGAUAUCAUCAGAGAUCUCACCCAGGAGCAAGGCCUUAUAAGUGCAAUGAAUGUGAGAAAUCUUUUAUUACUAGUUCCCAUCUCCGUCGUCAUCAGAGAAUUCACACUGGAGAAAGGCCUUAUGUGUGUGGUGAGUGUGGAAAAUCUUUUACCAGUAGCACUAGUCUCCAUUAUCAUGAAGGCACUCACACUCAAAGGCCUAGUGAGUGCAGUGAAUGUGGGAAAUCUUGUAUUACUCCUGCUGUUCUUCGUUACCAUCAGAGAAUUCAUUCUAGUGAAUGGCCAUAUAGGUGCAGUGAGUGUGGGAAAUCUUUUACCUCUAAAUUCAACUUUCGUUAUCAUCAGGGGAUUCAUUCUGGAGACAGGUCUUAUGUAAGUUGCAAUGAAUGCAAGAAAUCAUUUACUACUGUCAGUUCUCUCCGUAAUCAUCAGAGAGUUCAUUCUGGAGAAAGACCUCAUGAGUGCAGUGAAUGUGGAAAAUCUUUCAUGUCUAGGUCAGCCCUUAAGCGUCAUCAGAAAUCACAUGCAGGGGAAAGGCCUUUUGAGUGUAGUGAAUGUGGGAAAUCCUUUAUCUUUAGGAGUACCUUAACUAAACACCAGAGAGUUCACACAGGGAAAAGUGCUUAUGUGUGUAGUGAGUGUGGGAAAUCUUAUAAUAGUAAGUGUAGGCUUAUUGAACACCAGAGUAUUCACAAAGAUGAAAGGCGUUAUGAAUGCAGGGAAUGUGGAAAAUCUUUUAAAUUUAACUCUGCCUUGUACUAUCAUAAGAAAACUCACACUGGAGAAAAGCCUUACAAAUGCAUUGAAUGUGGAAAAUCUUUUAUUACUAAUUACCUCCUCCGUGUUCAUCAGAGAGCCCACACUGGAGAAAAGCCUUUUGAGUGCAAUGAAUGUGGGAAAUCUUAUACUCUUAGUUACGUCCUUCGUUGUCAUCUUAGAGUUCAUACUGGAGAAAGGCCUUACAAAUGCACCAAAUGUGGGAAAUCUUUUACCACUAAUUACCAGCUCCAUAUACAUCUGAGAAGUCACACUGGAGAAAAGCCUUAUGAGUGCAGUGAAUGUGGGAGAUCCUUUAGCAGCAAAUCUGGCCUCCGUUAUCAUCAGAGUGCUCACACUGGAGAAAGGCCUUAUGUGUGUGGUGAUUGUGGGAAAGCCUUUGUCCAGAGAAAUCAUCUCAUUAUACACCAGAGAGCUCACACUGGAGAAAGGCCUUAUAAGUGCACUGAAUGUGGGAAAUCUUUCACUCAUGGCAACAGCCUCUAUUAUCAUCAGAGAGUUCACCUUGGAGAAAGGCCUUUUAAAUGCAGUGAAUGUGGGAAAUCUUUUAUUAACACCACUAAACUGCACUGUCAUAAGAAAUCUCACACUGGAGAAAGGCCUUAGGAAUGUACUAAAUAUAGGAAAUCUUUUACAAGCAAAUCACUUUGAAAAUUUGAGAGUUUACCCUAGAGGAAGGCAUAAAUGUACAGGGAAUGUGCAAUUUCCUUGUUGAGUAUAGGGACACUGGAGGAAAUUGAGGGGCCAUUGGUCUGAAUUGAAUCUCAUUUCAAGUGUUUCUGAAUCUUUAUUCCUUAUUCAGAUUAGACAUUAUAGGGUAUUGAGGCACUAUUGAAAGGUAUGUAUUCUCCAAGUCUAAAAAAAACCAUGUUUCCUGAUGUCCACAAAUCUUUGAGCUAAUCUCAUUAUUUGUAUGACCAUUGGGUCCAGGGGAAACCACAAUUGGUACAGAAACUCUGGUUUAAUAGGGAGUGGGGGAAAUUGCAGGCAACUUGAUGGAAUGUACCUCUCCAUUGACUGUGCAGGAUCAGUUUAUAUGCUGAUUCUAGUGAAUUUCACUUCAAGAACCUUACUACAGAGGCAAGAAAGGAAAAAGGGAUGUGACUCUUGUGAUCUAGGCAGCAUUCCUGCUGACUCAGGUAGAAAUGUACUUCAUUGUCUCCAUCUUUGCUACCACUGACAGAAGAUUGAUCCCCAGAGGACAUGAGGAGUGCUUUAGUGGGUUCAGCAUACAGUUGCAGAACCUAUUUUCCAAAAAGUGUAGGACAUACAUGUUUUUUCCAUUUUGAGCCAAUCUUUAAAGCUAUAUCAAAGUAUAAUUUACAUUCACCAAACUGCAGCCAUGAAGUCAGACCAUUGUUUCUUGGCAGGAAACCAAUGACAAAUCUAGACAGUGUUCUGAAAAGCAGAGACAUUACUCUGCCGACAAAGAUGUGUAUAGCCAAGGCUGUGGUGUCCCCAGUGGUCACUUUUGGUUGUGAGAGCUGGACCAUAAAGAAGGCAGAAUGCCAAAGAAUUGAUGAUUUCAAAAUGUGCUAGAGAAGACUCCUGAAAGUCCUUUUCACAGCAAGGAGAUCAACCUUGAAUAUUUGCUGGAAGGACUGAUGCUGAAGCAAGUCUUCACCUAGGUAUGAACCUUGAGUCCUGAUAAUGCCCAUAUCUGUUAAUGGCAUGUUUACCUCUCCUUGCCCUUCCCACCUCUCCAAUAACCAUUGAUGUACUUUCCCUUAGAAUAGAUAACAUGUGCAUUUUCUUGAAUUUAUCUGAUUGGAGUCAUAAACGGCUAUUUUUGUUUUCCUUUGUUUCAUAAUUGUUUCAGAUUCAUCCAUGAUGUGUACAAGUAUCUCAUCUCUUUAGUUUUUAAUGAGUAGCAUUCUUAUAUUUAGAUGUACAACUGUUUAUCCAUUCAUCUUUUUCUGAGUAUUCAGGUUACUUCUAGGUUUUCAUUCUUGAAAAUAAAGCUGCUAUAAACAUUUGUGU